ACUUGGCAACGCCACGCAACGCAACUCUACUAGCUCACACCGUGUACUGCAACGCAACUCUGAAUGAUUCAAUUCUGUGUUCAAAAUGCAACAUGCAAAUGAAACCCAAUUUACCCUAAAUCUCUUUCUGCCCUAAUUUAAUCUCACAUUCCUUCUAACAACACUGCGAUCUCUUCUUCUCUCCAAUGGCGCCAAAACGACGUCCCGUAAAGAGAGGAGAGAGUCGAAUGGAUGCAGCUCUUGACGCCAUGGCUCCUUUCGGUUUCUCUAGAAAGCUCGUUCGGAGAACCGUUGAUCAACUUCUCGAAGUUUAUGGCGGCAACGAAGGUUGGGUCUUCAUUGAAGAUGCAGCUUACACUCUUCUCAUCAAUACACUUCUGGAACAUCAACAAGAUCAGGAUUCUUUGAUAGAGGAUAAUCCAGAAAAUGGUCCCAAUGAGGCAUCGACUGCUGGUUGCUCAAACGGUACCCUUCUCCUGCCUUGCUCUAACAUGGAAGCUUCCGAUGAUGCACCAAUAACUAAUCAGGUUGUUGGCGCUAUAUCAGCAGCCAGUGAAACCGGUAAUUAUCUUCCUUUAUCUGUACACACCACAACAGCUACAAGCAAAGCUGUUAUUGGACUUCCCAUCACUGGUGACACUACAGCAGCCCCCAGUCGACCUAAUAAUCAACUUUCUAUUAUGGCUGUAGACACUGCUACAGCUACAGGAAGAGCGUCUAUCAAACGUCCCAUCAAGCCCGCCGACACUUCAGCAGCCACCAGUCAACGUAAUUCUCAUCUUCCUAUGACUGUGGACACUGCAACAGCAACAAGCAGAACUGUUAGCAGAAUUCCCAUUAAGCCCCUCAACACUUCAGCAACCGAACACAAACCUAGUAAUCAACAUUCAAUUAAGGUUGUAGACACUGUAUCAACAAGCAAUGAAAUUAACAACCAAGGGUCCAUCAAGGCUAUUAUAGACACUGUAUCAGCAGACAAAGAAUACGAACCUCCUAAGACAAAGUCUUCGCAGCUUAUUGGGAAGCUUUGUCACAAGAGGCGUAGACCUUGCCAUGGUUGGAUUUCUAGUGAUGAUGAAGAGGAGGAUCUAAUAGAACUACCUGCAUGAUAUAAGUUGUGAAUAGUAGGGUCAAUUAUAUUACACUUGAGUAGUUUAAGAGCAGUGUGGACUUAGCUCCAAGGUUUGGAAAGUGACAUUGCUACAUGUCCUUGCGUGUCUAUAAUACGGGCAUGGCUUACUAAUACUAGAAUGUUCAUCAGAACAUCGUAAGGUUGAACAACAAUACUUGUUUUGGCAAGUUAAAUUUUACUAUAUAAACUUUCUGGCUAAUUAUACAUUUUUUUGUUUAGUUUUUGGUGGAAAUGUUAUUAUUGGAGUUAUAUAUAAUGAGUAUUGUAUAUGAGGAAGAGUUUUGUGCUUCCAUAAUGCAUGUAGGAUGAAGUUACAUUUUCACGAGCAUUCCAUUUUUGACACUAUUCUUUAUCAAUUUGUAUCUUAUAGAUUAAC